GGUAGGGUUUUGCUAUUUUAGCGAAUUUAGGAAGGAUUAGGGGUGUCUGUGGGAGUGUUAGGGUUGAGCAAAGUUAUAUGGCGGCUGGAAGACAUGGUGGUUAUCGUGACAAUGAAUUUAGGGACUGGGAGUCUGAUUUGAAUGGGUCAAGGAGGGAAAGUGGUUAUUCCAAGGGAGAAUAUGAUCGGGUUAGGAACGGUGACUAUGAUGGGGGUCAGGUUCGCAACAGGGAUAGGAGAGAUAGGGGUAGGCUCAGGCAGAAGGAUAUUAAAGAGAGGGAAGUGAUGAACAGUGGGUACCGCUCUGCUUCAAGUAGGAGUGACUCUGGGAGUAGUGGUAGUGUUGGCAGUGGUGGUGGUGGACCAAGGCGGUGUGGGUUUACUGUUAGCUCUGUGGGCACUGUAGACCGAGAGCCUGGGGAGUUGUCGAGCGAUGGAUCUGAUGCGGCUAUUGAAUCAGAUCCACAGCUUAAUGAUAAUGAGGUUAGGCAGUUAGAGAAUGGGACUUGGUUUCAGUCGCCUAUGCAGAGUAAGAAGAGGAAGUUUUCGCCAAUUGUUUGGGACAGAGAUGACAAGGAAAUGAACAAAACAUCCAAGAGUAGAAAUUCUCCAGCAAAUACUUUUCUCCCUCCUCCACCUCCCUUGCUCAAGUCAAAUCGCCAGUCACGUAACCCUAUUUCUGAUGGGGUUUUGGAAAAUUCUCAAAUGGAAGAUAUUGGACUUCAGAGCUCAGAACCACUUGCAGUCAAACCUCCUUUGGCGCCUGAGUCCCAUGUUUCUGCUGCAUCUGUAUCCCCAGCUGUGGUGUCUUCUUCCCCACCUCAAGAAGAGCGUUGGGGUAACUAUCAGGGAGUAGAGAAACUGGAUGAUGAUGAUUAUGUGCCAACACGAACUAUUAGGGCCUCUCGAUGGGCAAAUGACGCCAACUCCCCAGUCGAUGAAGGUGAAAUUUCUAAUGAUGAAGAAAUUCCUAGAACAAAGAAGAAGCCCCUUUCUGAGUCAAUUGAAAGGAGGACAAGCAAGAACUCAUUGAGUCCUGAGCUUGGGGAACUCAGGAGAGAAGGUUUUGAAGGGAGUACAACAAGGUCAUCUGAAUCUGAUGAACGUAUCAGGUCCUCCAGUAGAGAUGACAACAAUUUGGACUUGAAUGACUUUAUGGAUAUAGAUGAGGACCGAUAUAAGGAUGGUGUUGGUGUUAGCCAGUCAGAUACAGGUUCUGAGGAUGAACAGGAUUCUCGUAGUUCACCUGAGCCCUCACUACCCCAACAAAGAAGUGUGAACAUGCUUCAGGGGUGUAGAAGCGUUGACGAGUUUGAGAGACUGAACAAGAUAGAUGAAGGAACUUAUGGGGUUGUUUACAGAGCCAAAGAUAAGAAAACUGGAGAAAUUGUUGCCCUGAAAAAGGUCAAGAUGGAGAAAGAAAGAGAGGGGUUUCCUUUGACGUCUCUGAGGGAAAUAAACAUUCUUCUUUCCUUCCAUCACCCCUCCAUUGUGGAUGUUAAAGAAGUAGUUGUUGGGCGCAAUCUUGACAGCAUUUUCAUGGUAAUGGAAUACAUGGAACAUGAUCUCAAGGGACUGAUGGAGACAAUGAAACAGCCAUUUAGUCAGAGUGAAGUUAAAUGCCUUAUGCUCCAGCUACUGGAGGGUGUUAAGUACCUUCAUGAUAACUGGGUGCUUCAUCGAGAUCUGAAAACAUCAAAUUUGCUUUUGAAUAAUCGUGGUGAGUUGAAGAUCUGUGACUUUGGAUUGGCUCGUCAAUAUGGGAGUCCAUUAAAACCGUAUACUCAUUUGGUGGUAACCUUGUGGUACAGGGCACCCGAACUUCUUUUGGGAGCAAAACUAUAUUCUACGGCAAUCGACAUGUGGUCAUUAGGUUGUAUUAUGGCUGAACUGUUGUCAAAGGAACCAUUGUUCAACGGGAAAACGGAGUUUGAUCAGCUUGACAAGAUCUUCAGAACCCUUGGCACUCCAAAUGAGACGAUUUGGCCUGGGUUUUCCACACUUCCUGGAGUCAAGGUGAACUUCGUCAAGCACCAGUAUAAUCUAUUGCGAAGGAAAUUUCCGGCUACAUCAUUCACAGGAUCACCAGUUCUCUCAGAUGCUGGAUUUGAUUUGUUGAAUAAACUUCUAACUUAUGAUCCUGAAAAGCGGAUAACAGCUGAAGCUGCUCUUAACCAUGAAUGGUUCAAAGAAGUUCCUCUUCCCAAGUCUAAAGAUUUCAUGCCUACAUUCCCUGCUCAGCAUGCUCAAGACAGGCGUUUGAGAAGAAUAAUGAAGAGUCCAGAUCCUUUAGAAGAGCAGCGUCUGAAGGAGUUGCAGCAAGGGAAACUAGGGGCAGGGGGCACCCUUGAUGAUCUGGGUGGUGAAACUAUUUUUUACGCCUUUGCAUGUCAAGCAGAUGUGGAGCAGGUUGUAACUUUGUUCUCCAGGUGGUUAUAUAAAAAUGCAUAUGUGACCCCGCUUUCUUCGCCAGUGUAA